CCCUGGCCCCAGUAGAAAAUGUAGUGGGAAACCAAGCUACAACUUGCAUUAACCAACAAAAGAAAAACCCAUCCAUGCUCAGUCCUUUCCUAGAAGAGAAGGGGCCCUGCCACACCGUUCACCCUACAUUCUGCCCUCGGCCCAAGCAGGACGUGAGCACCUGCCAAGCUGGGCGCUUCAAGAAUAAUGGUCCAACUUUUCGGACGCAAUCUGGGGAAGAGACACAGUUUAUUUCUCGAGGAGCGCAAGAAAGGGAGCAGACAAGGUCCUCUCGGGAAGGGAUGCACGAGCUUUGGGGGCCGAGAGUCUCCUCCGCCCGCAGGAGAAUUCAAAAUCCGCUUGCUUCCGAGAGACCCUUAGGAGCAGCACACUGUGGCUGCGGCCAGCCUCCGGCCUGGGCGAAACUGCAGGCAGUGUUUACACCUGUCACGAGGGAGGAGGAGGGAGAAAAAAGGGAGCCCCAGCAAAGCCCCAAACUUCUCAGCGGCUCCCGGGAGGGAGGGAGCGGCCCGGCGCGGAGCUGUGGGCAGGUGGCAGCGGAGGGACAGGGCGAGCCGGCGGCGGCGGCCGGGGAGGUGACGACGACUCUCACUUCCCCGGCCGGUGCCCGGGGUGGCAAGGAGGAAGCUGUACGCUUCGGCGCCGCCGCCGCCGCCGGCUUCCCCGCACCCGCCGCGGAAGAGGGCAGAGCCCGAGCCCGGAGCCCGCAGGCCCGCAGAGCCGGCACCUCCCCGCAGCCCCCGGGCUCCGCGGCAGACAGAAGAGGAAGCUGAUGUUUAGCAAAUAAAGAAGAGGUGGUUGUACGUGAAACGUACGAGGGGAAGGAAGAGGGAAAGUCGCCGCCGAACGGACAAGUCUUCUCAAAGACGGGAUUUUGUUCACGGAUGGAAGCUGUGGUCUUUUUAUUUAUUUUUGUUAUUAUUUUUUUAUUUUUUUAACCGAUGCUGCGGGAGAAUAGCCGAUGAAAUGAAAGACAUCAAAUAACACUGCUGCGUUUCUCUAACGGGUCAUAACAGGUUCUUUUCCUACCAUCAGUCCUGAGCCGUUGGCCAUCGCGUGUUGAUAAGUUUCACGCCCCCCGGCGUUUAUCAUUGAAUAGUUAGGACGCCGCCGCCGUGAAAUUCAGGAGGUUAUUGUCAUCGUCUGGGGUGACGAGCCGGGGCUCCGAUCACCAGAUCGCGAACCCUAAUGUAAAGUAUUCCACAAUAGCAAAGCUCCACAAGCUACCCCGAGAAACAGGAGGAAAAACACCCCCUUCGGCAACGGGAAGUGUCCACCCCUGUGAGUGGAGGAAUUUCACAAACCCGGGGAAGAGAAGGACAAAAGCAGUUCAUCAUGGUCCAUCCCGACUCUGCAGUGUUCUAGGCACAUUAACGUGGACAGACCCGCAUGUGUCUACAAACUCAUUCGCUGUCAGAUGACUACAUAAUUUUAUAUUGCGUAGACUACAUAAUUUUACAUUGGAGUACCACCCAUUGCCUCGUGGCCGUGCUGGAUUUUUUGGUUAUUGUUAAAGCGAGAAUAAUCUACUAAUAUAUGGCUUGUCAAAUUUAUUCCUAUUGCAUUUCGCCCCCUGCUGGUUUUAGCUGCAUGAUUGAAUGUACAUAUAUGUGUUAGUAUCUAUGUUUAUUACCAAAGAAGGAAAGAAAACUGUGUGUGUAGAAACUGGAAAUUAGUUAUUUUAAAUGAACACAUGCCUGUUUUUACUUGAUAGCUCUACUCAAUAGAAAUGUUAGGAUAAUAAGAACAUAUGAUAAAAUCUUAAAGCUGAACCUAUAUCAAGAAAAUGUUUAAAGUGAAAUAAUUAACAUCAGAACAUUCAAAAGAAAACCCUGCUUUCAGAAAAAAAUAUCUUCCUGGUUUCAUACAUAACAUGGGAUUAUGACUUUUUUCAGGUAAAUGCAGAAGCCAAUUCUGUUCACUAAGGACAAUUAAGAAAUCAGAGUCCAACGCUAUACAUAGAACUAUUUGUCCAGCUGACUUGUGAGUGCAAUCAACCAAUUGUAAUUGGUAAUCCUACCAUAAUUCUGAAGACAGCAUUUCAAUGCUUGUGAAAUUGUAUUGCAAAAGCAAAGUAUUUAUAUCUGAAUGUUUUUAAAAUGAUGAAUCUAUGAGAAACACUAUAUUCAUUGCAUUUGGGUCCAAUGAUAGUAUUGUUUUUGUUUACCUUUUAAAAAUUAUGACUGUAACUAACUACAUUAAGCUAAGAUUUUGUAUCAAGAAAAGAAAAAAUAAAUGAUCUUGUUUUUUUUCUCCUGUGCAGAAUUUUUGUAAAGUUGUAGUCAUCAUAUAAGUUGAUUUUGUAUCCUUUUGUUCACUUACUAGUAUGUUAUAAGCAUUUCCUACUAUUGCUUAACAUUUUAUAAAACCUUAAUUUUACUCUCCUACAUAGUUUCAAUGGACUGAUUUAUCCAUUAUCCUACUCAUAGAUAUUUUCCACUAUUAUAAAUAAUAUUUUGAUGAA